GUCGAUGGCAUUUCGCUUUCAAAUAACCACGUGCGCGCCCUUUAAGCUUUUCUAUUCAUUCAGUUUUGUUUAUAACGUAUAAUUUUUUUUCUCUAAUUCCGAUGUAUCAUCACGGCUUUCACUACUAUUCCACAAAUAAUUCACAUAGUUAUUCUCGAACGAGAAAUCCGCCAAAAUCAUGGAACCUGGGCCCACACGAAUUGGGAAGCUCGACCGACCCGGAGAACAGAGCAAUGCAAGAAUCUAUAAUUAAUUCAGUUUCUGAGCAAACACUGCAAUCAUGGAUUGAUUUUCGAGAGGAAAUUAACAAGAAAAACUUGCUGCUAAGGAACAAGCUGAAAAUUCCAAGCGAAAAAAUUGAUGAUAAAUAUCACACUUUUCCGGAAAAGAAGCAGAGUGAUUACGCGGACGCUGAAAUAUAUGCCGGAAGCGAUGCAUCGCAACCAUCUAGAAACGAAUAUGACAGAAGUAAGUACGUUCUAAAUCGAAAAGUUCGAUGUGCUCCAACAGAAAUAAUAACAGAUUCUUCACAAUCACCGGGUGCCAGUCCAUCGUCCGAUCAAAUAUUUAUAGAUGACAGCCAGCCAUCAACCACUAAAAGACGUUGGGUAAUAUCGGAGCCUGAUGAUAACAGCGAUAAACAUGUUUCAUCUUCGGAAAAUCAUCAACAAAGAGAAAAAAUAAUAUCACCAACCGAGAAAACCCUGCAAAAAUCUACAUCCAGCAACAGCAGUCCUACCUUAAAACUCUUUGUGACUGUACCAUCAUCGUCGAAUCAAGAAUGCAUUUUACACAAAUACGGGCAUUGUAUUGCCCCACAGAUUUGCCCAUUCGCUCAUGAUGGAGUUGUGCGAAAACUUGAAAAAAAAACAGUCACUGCACCAUUUUGGCAGCGGAAACUUCCCAAUAUAUCUCUCUGUCCAGGUUACCCCACGUUAAAGUGUUGGGAUCAUAAAUGCGGGAAGCGACACAUCCUUUAUCCCUCCGACAACAUUUAAUGCAACUUGCAAACUUCCAUAUCCUUUCUUACCAGUUCACUUAUAUACAUAUCCAGUGGAAAUGUUAUUUAUGGGUAUUAGUAAAACACUAGAAUUUUACGAUUUGUUCAAUUAUAAACACUUUCAUUCUAA